UAACAAACAUGGCCGCCUACUCUGUCCCACCCCGCCCUUUGGCUGGUAUCAAAUACUAGACUACCUUCCAUUUCCGGGUCACUGUAGAUGUGAUGGCGCCGAUUCCGAAGACUGUGGGGCGGAUCAAGCUAGACUGCCCUCUACGGCCCAGCUGCCCACUGGAGGUCGCUGCUGUACCCAAACUUUGCAAGGAAUUCGGUCCAGAGGAUUACGGCGAAGAGGACAUAGUGGAUUUUCUUCGACGGCUUGUGGAGAGUGAUCCCCAGGGCCUGCACCGGAUCCAUGUGGAUGGGAGCAGCGGGCGGCUGCAGCUGUGGCACCAUGAUUACCUCCUGGGCCACUUGGAUGAUGAAGGGAAAUCAAUUGGACAGAGUGACAGGGGCAAGGGGGCUGAGGGACUGGGCACCUACUGUGGUCUCCGCAAGUCCUUCCUAUAUCCUCCCCAGGAGUCUGAGCCCUGCCCUCAAAGCCCCUCUGCCUCUGCCACCUUCCCCAGUGUCUCAGACAGCCUGCUUCAGGUGGCCAUGCCCCAGAAGCUCCUGGUGACAGAAGAGGAAGCCAACCGCCUGGCUGAGGAGCUGGUGGCUGAGGAGGAGCGCAUGAAACAGAAAGCAGAGAAGAAGCGACUCAAGAAGAAGCGUCAAAAGGAACGAAAGCGACAGGAGCGUUUGGAGCAGUACUGUGGAGAGCCCAAGGCCAGCACUACCUCAGAUGGAGAUGAGAGCCCCCUAUCCAGCCCUGGAAACCCAGUUCAGGGGCAGUGUGGUGAAGAAGAGGACUCACUGGAUCUAUCUAGCACUUUCGUGUCUCUGGCUUUGCGCAAGGUUGGGGAUUGGCCCCUCAGUGCCCGCAGAGAGAAGGGACUGAACCGGGAGCCCCAAGGCAGGGGCCUGGCCCUCCAGAAGAUAGGUCAAGAGGAAGAGAGCCCUCCAAGAGAGGAGAGGCCCCAGCAGAGUCCAAAGGCACAGGCAUCUCCGGGACUGCUGGCAGCUGCCUUACAACAGAGCCAGGAACUGGCAAAGUUGGGUACCAGCUUUGCUCAAAAUGGUUUCUACCAUGAGGCCGUGGUCCUCUUCACCCAGGCCUUGAAGCUCAACCCCCAGGACCACCGGUUAUUUGGAAAUCGUUCCUUCUGCCAUGAGCGGUUGGGUCAGCCAGCGUGGGCCCUGGCUGAUGCCCAGGUGGCCCUUACCUUACGGCCUGGCUGGCCUCGGGGCCUCUUCCGCCUGGGCAAGGCCUUGAUGGGACUACAGCGCUUCAGAGAAGCAGCUGCUGUGUUUCAGGAAACUCUGAGAGAUGGGUCCCAGCCUGACGCAGCCCGAGAGCUCCGCUCUUGCCUUCUCCAACUCACACUGCAGGGUCAGCGAGGAGGAAUCUGUGCACCACCUCUGUCACCUGGGGCCCUCCAGCCACUUCCCCAUGCUGAGCUGGCACCCUCAGGCCUACCUUCCCUCAGGUGCCCUCGAAGCACUGCUCGGAGGUCCCCUGGCCUGUCUCCACUCUUGCAUUAUCCUUCAUGUCACCGAAGCCACCCCAACCAGCCCCUCUCCCAGACUCAGAGUAGAAGGCCCCAUCCUCUCCAGCCCCAGGACCCUUCAAAGCGCUGGGACAUCCUGGGACUUGGGCUCCAGCAUCUACCUCAGGCCAGAUGAGGGGGCACCGGUCCCUCAUAGGGCAGGGCCAUGUAUAUAUCCCAUGGUGGGGGACAUAGCGUGGUGACAGUUCACUGCAUAUUUUGAGACCUUAUUCUCUAGAUCCAUAGUUAAUGAUGCCCCUGGCAGUCAUUCCUCUUGCCAUGGGGAAGCUUCUGAUGAGAGAAAGGAGCCCCACAUCCACUGAAACAUCCUUUGGUUCUCAAGCUUCUUCUGGAGGCAGUAAGGAAAAAUAAAACCCACCAAGGCUCAAGAAGGGAACUAUAGAAAAGUUCAGGUUUCUAGGCCAUAGCAGAGACAGUGAGAAAGCAUCUGGGCCUUGCUCUUCCUCUUGGUCCGGGGGACCUCAUUCACCAACUAGAGCUUGGUAUACAGGAACGGGGUCACAGUGCUGAGGGGGGUUGAGUCCCACCUUUCAGUUUGAUGGAUGCUCACCUCUUCUCAGCCCCAGCUCAUGCCCUGUUUUUCUAGCCAUAGCCCCCAGAUUACUCACAGCUCCUCAUGCCAUUUUCUGUCCAGAUUGCUGUGUGUGACUCUGACCUCUCUUGUCCAGUGGUCUGGUGCUCACCUCCUCUCACUGCUAGAAUAUUCACCAAGGGUUUGCAUUUGGGAAGUCCCUUACCAGCUCCUGCUUAGAGCUGGUAGGGCCAUACAUGUCCACACUCCCAACUGGUGGCUCUCCCGCUAAAUGGGGCCUCAGCAGGUGCCCAGGCUGCUACAACCUUGGCCUCUCUGUUUCUCCACCCCAGCAUUGGGCAUUGUAAUUAGCCUUUCCCCAUGUUAAUUUAUUCAGUUUUUUCAAGGGUCAACUGAAUUCACCACUUUCUGGGUAAGAAUCAUGAUCUCCUUUUAAUUUCACCUCUAAGAUCCUGGCAGCUUCCCCUAGCUGGUUCCUCUGUAGUCCUGCUGAGACUGUCAGCUCAUUUAAAUGUGGGUCUGCAGGAGGCUUUAGGUCUCCCCCAACCCCCUUGCCUUUCACAGAGGAACCAUUCAUCAGGAUAAAUGAUUAUUGCUGCCCUGUGGGUCUUGCUCAAUACUGUUCAUACCUGGAGAGAGGAGGUAUUGAAACAUCUCCUUUAUGUGUGACUUUCCUAAAUUUUUAAAAAUUGUUUAUGGUUUAGGCCCAUUAAAUACUGUGUAGCAGGAUGAAGUCUACCAUUACCAGCUGGGUCACCUUGGAUGGGUCUGUCAACAUCUAAGCCUCAGUUCCCUCACCUGUAAAAAUGAGGGUAGUCCCUACCUCAUAAGGGAUAUUGUGAGGAUGGAAAGCAAAAGUGUGAGAAAAUACCUCCCAAGUGCCUGGUACAUAGUGGGUGCUAAAUAAACCAAUUUUUGUCUGCAA